ACUGUUUAGGUCUAUCGGUCAGUGCUGAAGCCCCGCGUGAACUGUGUAUAACACUGAAAAUACCGCACUAAAAAUAACAAAAUAGCGAAAUUACCGGGUUGGUAUUUUUGUAGACAUCUAAAACAUAUGGAUCGUCCGCGCUUCGCUUUUAAAACGGGCUGAAUUGUCUCUGUUUAGGAGGAAUUAAUCAGCAGAGCUAGCUGAAGUAGCAGGCAGCGUUAGUGGAGACUCGAGUAACUGGAGGAGCAGUUUUACACGUUGGCUGUCACUAGAUCAACUGUCAGCUAACACGUCAAAUAGCAUUUUCCGCUCUCGUCCGCGGCGUCAAACGUUUUUUUUUUCCAAACAGUCAGACAACUCUGCUCAAGCUGUCGUUUAUGGGAUCAUCAUGUCCAUGAAGCCGCAGGCCGGUGGUAAUCGCAAACCCGGCGGAAGCAACAGCGGAGCCGCUGCGGCCUCCGGUACCGGGGGAGCAGGAGGAGGCGUCGGACGCCAGAACAUGGGCAGAGGACGCAACAAUGCCAAAGGACCCUCUACUGCAGUGGCCUUCAAUGGAGUUUAUGCAAACAUGAGGAUGGUUCAUGUUUUGACCUCAGUUGUGGGAACCAAAUGUGAACUUAAAGUAAAAAAUGGCCUGGUCUAUGAAGGGGUUUUUAAAACGUAUGGCCCAGAGUGUGAUAUUGUCUUGGAUGCUGCACACAGGAAGAGUGUAGAACCUAAUGCAGGUCCUCGCCGUGAGGAUAUUGUAGAGAGCAUCAUCUUCAAGUCCUCAGAUGUAGUGGUAGUUCAUUUCAAAGAUGUGGACCUCAACUAUGCCAAGAAAGUCUCAUCAGACGCAGAUAACUUCACAGACAGUGCAGUAAGUGCCCGUGUAAAUGGAGAGCACAAAGAGAAGGAUUUGGAGCCCUGGGAUGGAGGGGAGCAGCACAUCUCAGGCAGUAUGGAAUCUCUUGACACUGAUCUGUCAAAUGGAUGGGAUCCUGAUGAGAUGUUUAAAUACAAUGAGGAGACAUACGGCAUAAAGUCCACGUAUGACAGCAGCUUGUCCUCAUACACGGUUCCUUUGGAGCGGGACAACUCUGAGGAGUUCCUCAAGCGUGAGGCUCGUGCAUCACAGCUGGCAGAGGAGAUUGAAGCCAGUGCCACCUACAAAGCUCGUGUGGCACUGGAGAACGACGACCGCUCAGAAGAAGAGAAAUACACUGCUGUGGUCCGUGGAGAGAGGGAGCUUCACAGCCUCAACAGGGAGAACAAAUACAUUCCUCCUAGUCAGAGGAACAGAGAAGCGGGGAUGUCAUGGGGAGCUGGUCGUCAAGUCUCACCCAGAAUGGUUCAAUGUAGCCCUGGGCCACCCGCACCCAGAUCCGGACCUCACGACUACAACACGAUGGAUCAGCGUGUGGUCAAUGGAGGUGCACACCCUUGGCCAUCGCGCUGCCCAUCUCCCUCCUCUCGCCCUCCAUCCCGUUACCAGUCAGGCCCCACCAACUCUCUCCCGCCCCGGGCAGCAACGCCCACCCGGCCUCCCUCCAGACCCCCAUCCAGGCCCUCGCGGCCCCUGUCUCACCCCUCUGCUCAUGGCACUUCAGGGCCUUUGUCCAACAUGCCAAAACGCCUGUCCUCAGAAGGUCCUCCAAGAAUGUCUCCCAAGUCACAACGAACUCCUAGACCUCAUAGAGUGGCCUCUUGUCGGGGUGGUGGGCCGCCUCCAUCUGAUUAUAUGUCCCAAGGUGCAUCGGUGGAGGUUUCAGCUCCCCCUCCUACUCGCAACAGCCCUUCUGGGGGAACCUGGUCUUCUGUCGUCAGUGGAGCGCACAGACCUCGUUCUCCUCGACAGAAUAGCAUUGGCGGUGGAGCUCCGAGCCCCUCCUGCUUGUCUUCCCCUCAGGCUGGUACAGUGCCAGUCGACUCGGUGACCGCUUCAACGACAGCGACGUCACCCACAGCUGCCAACCCGGCCACCAACUUGGAAGCAUCUCCAAUAGAAGAGGCCAAAGAAUCAAGAGUACUAGAGACAAGGCAGAAUUCUCCCAAUGCCAACAAGGAGAAUGUUAAGCCUAUUGAAGCUUCUGCAGGCAACGCUCGAUCCAUCGGCAAGGGGUCUCCCAGCAUGGCUUCAGAUCACAGAAAACAAAUAGAUAAUUUAAAGAAAUUUAGUGCAGCUUUUAGGUUGCAGCCUAGCUCAAAUCCAGAUCCAGGUUUUGAGACUAUGGCGACCAAACCUCUGCGGGACCUCGGAGAAAAGCCAAAGGAUCAAGCAGCUGAGAAGAGUUCAGUAGAUUCGUCAGGACUCAAAGCUUCUACGGAGUCCAGCAUUAGUGAAGAAACCUCCAGCCCUGUGAGCGUCACCUCAGCAGGUAGUAAAUCGGGCACCCCUUCGCUCUCUCCUUCCUCUGCUGUCCCAGAGCAGAAGCGAGGGCCUGACGUGACAUCCCAGGGCGUGCAGACCACCUCACCUCUGGCCAAUGCUGUGACAAAAGAUAAGGAUGAGAAGGAGGACAAGAACGACCCUGUAGCAGAGAGUGUGAGAAAAUCAACUCUCAAUCCCAAUGCCAAGGAGUUCAACCCAAGAGUUUUUUGCUCCCCUCCCAAACCAGCAACAACCCCGACUCUGACCCGGCCUCAGGGUCAACCCAGCCCUUCCAUCGUUGUACAGCAGCCUCCUGCGGUCUACGGCCAGACCAUGUUCCAGAUGUACCCGCUGACACCGGUCAGUCCUGGCGUUCAGAAAAGCAUUAUCUGGAAGCCUCCAGCCAUGUACCAUGUUCAGGUUCCUCAUAUGACCAUGAGCCAGACCAAGUCCUACAGAUCAGGUAAAGUUCAGAACAUGCCACAGCAGAGACCAGACCAGCAUCACCCGCCUGGCACGUCUACAAUGAUGCAUUCAGCUACACCUGCCGGGCCACCUAUUGUGGCACCAAAUCCAGCUUACUCUGCUCAGUACUUCACCUGUAGCCCACAGCAGUUUGCUAGUCAACCUCUGGUACAGCAGAUGCCCCACUACCAGUCCCAGGCUCAGCAUGUGUUCAGUCCAGUGAUUCAGGGCAGUGCGAGGAUGAUCACCCCUCCUGCUCACGCUCAGCCCAGCCUAGUCUCUUCUUCCACCACUCAGUAUGGUGAGCAGACGCAUACUAUGUAUGUGUCACCGACCCCCAUUCCUCAGCAGUUUCCCCACCCGAGCUCCACCCUGCAUCCUCAUCCACAGCACCCUCAGCCCUCUGCCACCCCGACAGGACAGCCGCAGCAGGGUACCCAGCACGGAGGCAGUCACCCGGCCCCCAGCCCCGUUCAGCAUCCCCAGCACCAGGCGGCAGCGGCUGCUGCAGCUCAGGCCAUCCACCUAGGCAACCCACAGCAGCAGCAGAUGUACUCCGCUCUGGCACCCACCCCGCCCUCCAUGACCCCCGGCCCAAACCCACAGUCCCCUCAGGCCAGCUUCCCCUCCGCACAGCAGGCCGUCUAUAUCCACCCGCAGCAUGGGUACAACCCUAACCAUAUGGCUCAUGUGCAGCAGGCCCACAUGCAGUCAGGGAUGGUGCCCCCUCAUCAUGGCAAUCCUUCACACCCCCCCACUAUGAUGUUGAUGGCCACUCAAGCUCCUGCAGGCCCUCAGCCUUCGCUGCCACAGGGCACCCUCAACCCCAUCCCAGUGUCCUCAGGCACACACUUCUACUCCGCACUCACCCCGGUGCAAGCUCACCAUCAGCAGCAGCUGUAGAGGAUGAAGAUCAGAGAACAGGAGUGGAGGGUCGCCUGAUCCUCGCAGAGCCAACCCAAACAUCACCUUUCUUUCUCCAAACACCCCCUAAAUGAGGCCACCAGAACCUCAGUCAUGCUGCUCUACUGCAACCCAACACCAGUGAUUCAGAAACACUAACAGGCAAAGAUGUGGUGAACCGUGGCUUUUUUUUU